AAAAAUAAGACAUAUGCGAACUAUGAAGCGAUUGAAGUUGUAUUUGGGCUUUGGUGAAUAUUGAUCACCGUUCCACCAUUUUCUCUUUCACCAUCACUACCUGGUGUUUCAAUUUUGGAGGUUUUAAACUGAAGAUGAAGAAUUGGCAGAGGAAGGGUUGGAAAUGGCUAUCAAACCUUGCAAGUUCUCCCGUUCGUUUUCAUGGAAACGUUGCCGUUGCUGCCAAACACAAUCGCAAUCCCUUUACUCUGGCUCGGCCAUUCGGAAGCGCCAUUGAUGGUGGAAAUGAAGUGGAUCUUCAUCGAUUGACGAGGGAGUUCCUCGCGAAGCUUUGGGUUGAUGAUAGAAAAAUGAGAAACCACAGAGGGAGGAAAUUAGUUAAAUCCUGUGGAGGUUAUGGUGGUGACCCGCGCUGGUUUUCUGCUUCAUCUGGUGCCGUCAGAAGAGGUAAACGACGGCUCGGUUUGAAGCAACCCCCUAUCAGUCAAUCGGUUUCUGAAUUCUUCGAAUCACUGUCUCCCGAAGAGGCAAAGGUAGCACCACUGCUUGCCAGGUCCAAUUUGCUGAUUACCAGAGAUAUCGAGUGGGCAAAUCUUGUAAUGGGCUUUGAACAGGAAAAUCGUUAUGCAAUUGUAGAUGCGUGCUAUCCUCAGUCGCCCGUAGGUUAUAUUCGUGAACAGAGCAAUGUUAUUACCAGACAGUUGCUUCGUCUAAGACGGCCUUUUGUUGCACACAUAACUGACGGCCUGGGGAAUGAGCUCUUUAGGGUUCGAAGACCCUUUUGGUGGAUUACAAGCUCAAUUUAUGCAGAAGUUGAUGGUAAGGAAGUUGGAGUAGUUCACAGGCGAUGGCAUCUCUGGAGGAGAAUCUAUGAUUUGUAUCUGGGGAAUAAGCAAUUUGCUGUGGUAGAGAAUCCUGGCUUAUGGAAUUGGACAUUCACACUGAAAGAUAUUAAUGGUGAGGUGCUUGCUCAAAUAGACCGUGACUGGAGGGGUUUUGGCUUUGAGAUUUUGACCGAUGCUGGUCAGUAUGUGAUUCGAUUUGGGAGUUCUGAUCCCAGCUCUAAGAUUGGCGCUGCUAAUGCAAUUGAAGACCUGGAAGUCAGUCGCACACUGACCCUUACAGAGAGAGCUGUAACUGUAGCUCUUGCUAUAUCAUUAGAUAACGACUACUUCUCAAGACACGGAGGCUGGGGACUACCCUUCCUUGUUGCCGAAGAGUAAAAUUGAUUUGACAGACAGUAAAAUCUGGUUAUCUACUGCCAGCAUAUCUCUGAAGCCAUUCUCUUCCAAGUAGUUUUUAAAAUUGAAGGUGUUCUAUGUUAUUAUAUCAAAAUUGACCCCGUUUCUAUACUCGAGCUGGUUUUGUCAGUGGGUUAUAGGUGUAUUAAGAUGUAAUUUUAAUCCCUGUACUCAUUGUUAGUUUCAUUUUGGUUCCUGUGACGAUUAAAGCAGCUACGGGACAUUUUAUUUUUGAAUUAAUUUGAAUGUUUACCAAGUGGUUAAUGCCGUUAUUUACCUAGAAAAUAACAGUCAUUCUGAUAUUAGCUGAUGUCUUAUUUACCAAUGAGAUAAUCUAGUUGAUUGAGCCACUGCAUUUUCUCGCAAA